AUGGACGGGCAGGUACCAUCUCUCCUCGACGCCGUUGGCUAUCAAUUCCAACCCGCCAUACCCGGCCUUCCUCAAAUCGAGUUCAGGCUCGAAGGUGACGCGUACGUCGCGGUUGAACAACCUUCGGAAUUGCAACGCGGUCGCAAGCGCACAGCAAUCGAUGUGCUUCAUCCGGAUCGACCGAAGGUUCGGGUCCUUGAAGCUGGCCCUGCGUAUUUGCAUGAACGUGUCCUCAAGGCCGAGGGCGAGAAGCUGCGCGUCGAGAUGCGACGCAAGAUGGAGUCAAGCCACGAUACGUUGGUCCCGGCGUUAACGUUCAAUCACCGUCACGCCGAGCGGUUGGUGUCUCGCGCGCUGCUGUGGUCCCAUCAAAGCCAAUUGCGAAGGACAGAUGACUCAGCUGCGGCGACUUCGUCUCAAAGCGAAAAUGAGCACGCAGCCCUGAAUGGGGCCACCACAGCAUCCUAUACGGAGCCUGGCCAUCAUAUCAUAGAGCGCGCAGACGUUCGUUCCGACACACACAGCCGCGAUCGCCAAGGCGAGAUGGCCGAGAGCUUAACAAGUGUCGGUGGUUCACAAGAAGGUUGGGACGACACCUACGAUCGAGAAGCACCCUUGGGUCCGAGUAUCGAGCAAUCCGAUACGACUUCCGUUCAUGCCGUGGCGAACGUCGAGGAUCCAAUGCCUCGUGCGGGUUAUUCCGCCCAUGUUGAUGCGCAUGAGCCCUGGGAGAGUACUAUGCACGGAAGCGACGCCGACCCCUCCCUGCAUUCCAGUGGUAGCGGUCCACCCUCCUUUGGGUCCGAGGAUUUUGGCUCGUAUGCUACCGUCCCAAGUGUGAUCGACCAUGGAGGUGGUGCGUCUGACGAUGCCUUGCAACCCAAUCCCUACAUCUUCGAUGCAGAAGAAGCCGCGGGUCACGGAGACGUCCAUGAAGGCUGGCUUUCGCAGAGCUUCGCGAUCUCAUCCGAAGUGUCGGGCAUGCAAGGCGAUCGUGAUGACGACCCCAAUGCGCCCCGUGUGCCCUCUCCUGCUCUUCCAAGGAGCCCGAGCGAUGGCGGACAGCUGCAUUAUCAAAGCGUGGCCGACAACCUUGUUGAGGUAUCCGACGCUCCGUGGUGCGCGCCCUCAGAUCGGUCCCCAGCUGCUACUAGCACUGUAGACUUCAGGGAUAGUGCCACACACGGCGACCCGGAUCUACAGGGCUCGACGUCGGUUUUUGACGAGCUGGGCGAACAAGGCUCUAGCUCUGUCGUCUUCGGUGAACUACCCGGUGACCCUUUCGCUACUACCGCAUGGAGUGCGAGCGAUGCCGAAUCUGUUGCCACUUGGGGCGUGCAUAGCCCCACGAGUAGUGUAUUCGGCGGUGGCUUGCAACUCGAGCCCUCGAUUCGCUCUCCCACUGACGCGGGCGAUGGCUGCCUUUUGGAGAGGCCUGUGCAUGAAGACCCAUUCUCACAAAACUCUGCAUUCACACCUGAGCCUGAGGAGCCAAGUGCACAAGACGCCCAUGAUCGUGACCCCCAAGCGCUUCAUGAGCUCCCUGGUACCGCUACAAGGAGCUCAGGCGAUGGUGAACCAUUACGUUUUCACACCGCGACCGACGAUCGUGACGACUCCGAUCUCCCGUGCCGUGAGCCUCUCAAUUCGCUUUACGCUGUCGGCAAUGAGCCUUCCGCUACUACUUCUGGGGGCAUACUAAGAGAUGUCGUACCGCAUUCCCCCGGUCUCGACGCCUCCGAAUUCUCUGCCGGCUCCUUAGAUGCCGACGAACGUCGAAGCGGUGUAUUGAACGACAUGUCACGAUCUCAGUCCCUCAUUCCCGAACCGGUUGUCAUGGAUGAAGGCUUCUGGGACGGUGUUCAGCACGGGGAUAGACAUGCACGGGGUUCCGCGUCUAUCUUCGACGAGACACAUAUGCAAGGUUUUGACUCUGGCCAAUUGGAUGAUCUGGCCAGCGGAACCUCCCAUGCCAUGCACAGCGACUCGGAGGAUGACGGCCCAACGCGCUCUCAAGGUAUGACCGACAACCCAUGGUCUGAGCCACCAAGUCUCCCAGCUUUUGCAGGCUAUGAAGACUUCUGGGACAGCACCAUGCAAGCAGGCCGGCAUGUGGAGGGUACUGUACCAGUCUCAGACGAGCUGGAUGUACGAAGCUCGGGUUCAGCCAUCUUUGGCGACCCACCCAACGACCCUUUCGCUGUUAUCCCAGGUAGGAUGAACAAUGAAGAGCCGCCGUACUCUCACGUUGACGACGCCUUUGAAUCCUCCGCCGCCGUCUGGAGCGCGGGCAGUCAUAUACAUGGUAUGUCCGAUGGUGCGAUGCAACCUGCGCCCUUGAUCACCGAUCCAGUAAUCGACAACGGAGGCUUCUGGGAGAGUGCGACGAGUGGAGGCUCACGCCCAGGGCGGCCUGCAGUCGUAUCCGAUAUAGCUGGUAUGCAAGUCCCGGCAGAUGGCUUGCUCGGUGAUGUACUGCCUGCCGGGCGCGCGACCUGCGCAACCGCCGUUCCAGACACAGGGUAUCAGACCUCCGAUGAUACAGUGAUGGAGAAUAGCUCAGCCCCGAACGUGCUCGCUCCCGGAUCCUACCCGGCUCUCUACAAAGAGCAGCACUCCUUUAAUGGUACUUCUGGCAUCUUGCAAUUCUUACAGCUGCAGGAGGAUACUACAAGCACAUCCCAUCAACCCGUCGGAUACGAGAACGCACAGACUACGGACCAUGGAUCGCUCAGAGGGCUUCAAGAUCCCUCCCGUGUUUUCGGGGACCAUUCACACGGAUCAGCCCUCGAUUGGGGCGACAACAGCAGUUGUGACGCAAUGGACACCGACGUCGACCCUCCGAGCGCCCAUCUACACCAGAUGACUACAGACGCGCACGAUCCUGAAGACGAGGCCCAGCCCGAUCAUCCGCGCGCUGAUGGGCCAUUAGAUGUCGAGGAUCAACAAGGCGAACUUGAGGAGGGUACUGGUAGCGAUGAUGAGAGUUCUGACAGCGACAGCGACAGCACCGACGACGAUGAGGGUGGCGACGGUGGCGACGGUAGCGAUGGUAGCGACGGUAGCGACGGUGGCGACGGUGGCGACGGUGACGGCGGGGACGACAUCGAAGAAGGACUCUUACGUGAAAUUGAACGUGAAAGUUCGCGCCGCAAGGGUAAGCAGCGUGAGCUUCCUAUCCAGGCGCCCCCGAGUCGCAGCCCCGAGAUGUACAGCAACUCUGGCAGCGGAUUUUCUGGCCUCGUUGGUGCACAAUCCGGCGUCGAAUUAGGCGGGCCCUCCGCCGUCUCUCAGCGACUUCAAAACACAGUGACCGGUGAGGGAUCCAAUCAAGCUACAGAACCGGUUACAAAGUCGGAUUCCUUGAAGAGUAGCAGACGCCGAAAUCGUCGCGGUCGUAGGCGUCAGGGUGUCCGGGAUGAAUUGCAACUGGACGAGCUUUCGUCAAGUUUGUCUACAAGCGAUCCUGUGAGCAACGUCGUGCUGUCGUUUCUUCCCCGCUAA